AUGGCUUCCACCGUCGCUAUCCUCGCUAGCACCUCAAUCGAAGUGCUACAGCAAAAGGGCACCCACUCAUUGUAUGCUGCCAGCGUCUUGCAAGCCACUGGCCACUUCGCUUUCGUGCCGGUUGUCCUUCUCAAGAUCAAGGGCCUGGCGAACUGCGGGCUGACGCCCACCCUCCAACAAUGGGUGCGGAUACUUGUUACUCGCUCUGUCACCGUGGAUCUUUGCUGCUGGGUCACUGCAACUAUAGCUUGCGCAAAGAAUCUCUCGUCUUGA